AUGCUCAUACUUGACAAAUUUAUCGCGUUGGACGAGGACAAGUGCCACUUCGUCUACCAAUUCAUGAACGCCACGGGCGCGACCAACGUUGUCGAAGCGGGCACCAGCUUUGGAAAGCGCACGGUUGCUACAUACAAAGAGCCACAGCAAGCUGCCAUUGCACACGGCUACUGGAAGGAAUGUGGACUCGAAGAGCACAUUGAUUUUGGCGUCAGCAACUUGCCUAAGACUCUGAAGGACGAUGUGCCAGAGGCCGACCUGCUGCUGCUUAACAGUGCUAGAGGCUAUAAGGACCUUUUAUUGUUCUUGCGCGCACCAGAGAACAGCUUCCAGACCACGACUUUGCCAUACGUCAACGGCUUCGAGAUGAGCGUGUAUCUGCCCGACAGGCAAGUCUGGGGUUGUCGCUGA